GCGGAAGUGGAGCUGUCAUGCUUGUGUUGUGCUCUGGUUUUUUGUUAUUGUUUGGGGUUAGUGGAGCAACAAAGCCCGAGGAGGAAAGCACGUUUUAUCGCACACGGUUCUUCGUUUUUCUCGCGGACAGUGACUCCAGUAGCCAGCACCGGUAACAUCUGUUUGGGCCGUUUACGGAAAAGUGACGGCGAUUCAGCCCGUCUUUGUUUUGUGUUGCCAUGGACAAGGCCAGCGGGGUGGAGUUUAGAAAUGUGGGUUGCAGUUACUUCCCUCAGAGCAGAGUCGAUUGCCACUACACACUGACCUCAGACCACAAGUGGGCCAGCAGUGACUGGAUAGGGCUCUUCAAGGUUGGAUGGUCAUCAGUAAAGGACUACCAUACCUUUGUCUGGGCCUUGACUCCGGCAGACUAUCAAGAGGGCGCAGACGUCAACUGUUGUGUUCAUUUCCAGGCCUCCUAUCUGCCCAAGCCCAGCUCACAAGAAUAUGAGUUUGUAUAUAUCGAUGCCAAGGGGGGCGUGUGCUCCUGCAGCUCAAAAUUCACUUUUUGUGCUCCGAAGCCGCUGGAGGACCUGGUGACCCUUGAGGAGGAGUCCCAUGGAGAAGAAGCAUGCACAGACAUGCUGCUGGUAAUACCCAGGGCAGAGCUGCUGCAGAGCCGACUGCAGGAAUGUCUGCGAGAGCGGGCUGAGCUGUUGCAUGUGCAGGAGGCUGCAAACAGGCAAAGGGCAAAGGAGAGAGAGGAGUACAAGAGGGCGAGCGAGGCCUGGGACAGACAACGUAAAGCUCUGGAAAAGAACGCCACCAGGCUGCAGGAUGAACUGAACCUGAGUCAGGAGAAGAUCAGAGAGAUGGAGCAAGUACACAAGGAGGAACAGGCCUUAGGAAAAUCACUAGCCCAGGAGAAAAUGUCUCUGUUGGAUAUCAUGGAGGCGAGUACGGUGCGAAUCACAGAACUGGAGGAGGACAUCAAAACCCUGAGUCAACGGACUGUGGAAAGAGAGACAGAGCUGGAGAGGUUGAAGGAAAAAGCCAAGAGGGCAGGAGCUCAGAGGAAGGAGGAGGACAAUGAGAGAAAGAAUCUACAGAUCAAGUUGGAACAGACGGAGGGUGAACUCAGGAGUCUGUCGAAGGAGUUCCAGGGCCUGAGGACGUCCUUAGCUCAGAGGGACACCAGUGUCCUGCAGCUUCAAAACACAAUUACCACACUUACUCAGAAACUCACCAUCGCCCACAGGAAGGAGGCGGAGAGCGAGGCAACAAUGAAGGAGAUGCGGAGCCUGCGGGAGCGUCUCAACGCAAAUGAGCGAGCUGCAGAGAGCUUGAAGAGUGAUCUGAGUGCCAUGGUGGCCCAGAGGGACCAAGGGCAGGCUGAACUGCAUCAGGCUCGCCUGCAGGCUGCCCAGCUCACGCUCCAGCUUGCAGACUCCAGUCUGGCCCUUAGAGAAGGAAGAGCCCACUGGGCGCAAGAGAGGCAGAGUCUGCAGCGCAAGUCUGAGAAUAGCCACGAGCAGCUGGAGAAGCUCAACACAGAGAUGCAGAGGGUGGAGGAGAGGCUGCAGGAGGAGAGGAUGGAGAGAGUGAAGCUGGAGGUUGAGCUUGGAAGAGAAAAGGAUUGUAACAGGGUUCAACUGAGUGAGACCCGUCGGGAGCUUCAGGAGCUGAAGUCUAGUGUGAGGGUGGCUCAAAAAGAGAAGGAGCAGCUACAUGCAGAGAAGCAGGAGUUGAUUGAGUAUAUCUGUCAGCUGGAGCAGAAGAUGGGAACCAGUGCCAAGUGGAGUUCUGCUCCGAUUGCCUCUACAGGGCUCCCUGACGGUGCGUUAUCGGACUCCGAGGAUGAAAAUCCGGAGGCCUUGCAGCCCCCCCGCCCGCCUAGACCUCUGGGCCACUACAGCCUGUGUGAGCAGGGCCAGCCGGACGCCUUGCUCCUGGGCACCCCCCCCGCCUCCCCCCGGGAGGUGGAGCGGAGGCGGGUGGUGAUCAACCAGCCGGCCCCGCUCUCCUCGCCACACCAGGCCGGAGCCGGAGCCGGAGCCGACACUCUGCCGCACAGUUCCGACUCGGAGGAAGAAUCAGACCCACUUGACUGUUCAAGGCGCAGCUCUGGGGAGGAAACGGCACUUUUGCUGCCUGAACACACGGACGCUGUUCUCAGCGAUCUGGCCGACACGUCGCUGUGGUAACCAGCAGGGGUCCAGCCUCGGCUGCCAGCAGCGCCUCCAGGUUCCUUCCACUGCCCAUCACACAUUUGUAUAUAUGACAUAUAUCCCACAACGUUCUAAUAUGCAAGUGGCACCGUACCUGCUAUAACCCUCUUGUUUCCUCCUUUCCACUGUCCACGCGUUAACACCCGCGCCGUUUAGCUGUUAGCGUUUGGGUUCCGGUGUGCGGUUCCAGGUCAACACCAUGUUUAUGGCGGACAUAAGACUUGUGCAUAGCUCGAAACGGUGGACUUUUAAGCGCGGGUCCUGCCAUCGGAGAGAUCUCGGGCCGCGGCGGCAGGAUUUCUGUUAAAUCACUGCUACAUCAAAAGCUUUACGACGGAUGUUAUGUCGUUUUUUAUGACGUCUGUGAUUAGGAGUCAUGACAGGCACCAUAAUUAUGAUGUUUUGUGUAGGCCCAGCUCCACUGAAAAUCACGGCAAAACUCCUGUUCCUGCAUUAAAUUCUCCACUGCAGCACCAGUCGCGGCAACAUAAAUGAUACAGCGUCGUGCUAGAAUUAUACUGCGGUAAUAUAGGGCUAUGACAUCAUAUUUCUCCUCCAUUCACACAAAGCUGAGAUUUGAUAUGCACUUUCUCGCUCGUGUUAGCAGUUGAUUGUUGGGAUGCAGAUCCUGUAAAGAAGAUUUAGCGACGCGGGGGCUUUUCUAAGACGGACAAGUGGUUGAAUGAAUGAGAUUAUUGAACAGAUUGUGUUUAAAGUUUAUUAAGAUAGAUAGACAGAUGCAGAUUUCUACUUUAGCAGCUGAAUAUUAUCGUUAUUAUUAAAUGAAUGCUCGUAAGCCUUUCACUAUAGCUCAGCUGCAGAUUUUACUUGUUAAUUAUUGUGGAUUUCCAUAAUUAUCGGAAUGAAAUGUUAAUUUACUAUCCGGCCAUUUGGCUGUUUAGCAUCGAUCUUUAUUAGAGUUUCUAUCGUACAGACGUCUCACACCGCACUCAUGCCGUUCUAAAUUGGUGCCUAAAAUAAUAAAAACAGAGUCAAAGAAAAGCAACUUUAUAGGCCUUUCAUCAUGACGUGUAGCUGAGUGGUGAUAUACUGCCUACUAAAAUCUGCUGCCUACCUUUUAAUCAAUACUGUAUACAUUUUUUAUGACUUUCUAUUUAUAAUUAACUUGAGUUAUGCUGCAAUUAAUCUACAUUGGGGUUAAGUUUGAAAUAGCUGUUUGGAUUUCACACAAUUGUUUGUGUAACGUGUGAGGAUAGUUCCCAUGCAUGGCUCAGAAAGUUCGCUAGACACUUUGAUGCUUGAUUAUAUCUGCUGCAUUUGCACCAAGUUUUUACCAGAGUUUUUAGCCGAGACUUUACGAUUCGUCUGUCGUGUCCUUCCGUCCAUAUUUGUAACUGUUUGUACUGCGUGUCUUUUUGCCUUCUGCGUUCAAACGCUCAGUCUGUGGAGGUUAAUAAAACGAUAUUGGUGCUAGGAAACGAUACCAGCACGUGGAGAGAAUGCAGAUCAAACCGGAAAUGGACUCUUGUGACGAAGGCGUGUGGAAGUGUCUGUCUGUGUCUGUCUGAAUAUUCCAUGUUGACUCUCCAACUACAGAGCGCUUCGAGGAGCGCGGAAUCCUUUCCCAGAGAAGAGCACACUACGGACCGCGUGUCCUCCAUAGCCCGUGUUUUUGGUUGUAAUCUGACUUUAUGUCUUAGGGAAGUUGUUUUUUUUUGUCGUUCCGCUGAGAGCUCUGCAGCGAGUGCUCCUUGUUAGGACACUGGCUCACUUUGCAAUAAAGCUCCGGUGGUUAUGGUUUGUUUUGGAGCUCUGUGUGAGCGCUCUCCCACAUGACGCCGCUCUGUGUUUUUCAGUCAUGUUAACAGGGCUUUGGGUGGGGUUCUGUACAAUAAAAAUGACGUGUUUAUCCAUUA